AUGUCGUUAUUUCUAAACAGCCUGAAGGGCAACCAGGAAAUGUCACAGGAGAAGGUAGACGUGGCGGGAGUACAAUUCGACGCGAUGUGCUCCACUUUCAACAAUAUCAUGAGGACGUGUCUCGAGAAGUGCAUUCCGCACGAGGGGUACAGCGAAUCGGAGCUCACGAAAGGGGAGAUGUGCUGUAUCGACCGGUGUGUGGCGAAAAUGCACUACAGCAACCGCCUCAUCGGAGGGUUUGUACAGACACGAGGGUUCGGACCAGGGAACCAGCUACGACACUACUCCCGGUUCCUGCCAAAGCAAGAGGACGGCGAGCCCAAUAACUAG